AUGCCAAGAGAUCCAUUGAUCGGUUUGGUCGGAAAGCCGUCUAGCGGAAAGUCAACGACACUCAACAGUUUGACUGAUGCUUCUUCCAAAGUUGGUAUAUUCACCACAAUCGAUCCGCAGCGCGCCAUCGGCUACCUGCAAAUAGAAUGCGCCUGCCAACGACUCGGAGUUUCCGACAAAUGUCGACCGAACUACGGAGGCUGCGUGGAGGGCCGACGCUCCGUCCCGAUCGAGCUCCUGGAUGUUGCAGGCCUUGUUCCGGGUGCGCAUCAGGGCCGGGGCCUGGGUAAUAAAUUCUUGGAUGACUUGCGCCAUGCGGAUGCUUUGAUUCAUGUGGUGGAUGUGAGCGGGACGACGGACGCAGAAGGCAAGGCCACACGAGGUUACGAUCCUUCGCAAGAUAUUGAAUGGUUGCACUCCGAGAUCGUGCGCUGGGUGCUUGGUAACCUGAUGCAGAAAUGGGGAUCGAUCAAGAGGAGACAUGUUGCUACCAAAUCAACGGCCGUGGAUACAUUGCAGGCUCAGUUCUCCGGUUACGGAAGUACAUCCUCCAUCGUGGGACGGUGUUUGGACAAGUUAGGGCUCAAGGAACCGCUGGAUGAAUGGUCAGAUGAGACAGUCGAGAAGGUCGUCGAAACGUUCAUUGACGAGAAGUUUCCGACCGUGUUUGCAUUGAACAAGAUUGACCACCCCGAUGCGGACAAGAACAUCAGCAAAAUCGCCAAGAUGCAAGAUCCCAAGUCCAUCGUGCUGUGCUCCGCCAUCUCUGAAGUCUUCCUUCGCAGACUCGCAAAGCAGGGCUAUAUCAAAUACAUUGAAGGAAGUGAAUUCGUAGAUAUGCGAGAGGACCUAAUUGAUAUGGGUGAUCCGGAUGGCGGAGGCCUCAAGGAAAUGGACGAGAAGCUGAAAACGCGCGUCGAGAACUUGAAAGACAUGGUCCUCUACCGUUUCGGCUCGACCGGUGUUGUACAGUGCCUCUCGCGCGCUGCUGAACUCCUAGGUCUCGUACCCGUGUUUCCCGUCCGCAACAUCCACACAUUCUCCUCCGGAGCUGGUACGGCAGUGUUCCGCGACUGUGUCCUUGUUAAAAAGAACAGCACGGUGGGCGACGUCGCCCGUAAGGUUAUGGGAGAUGUACCCAUUUCAUACAUCGAAGGAGUAGGCGGAACUCGUGUUUCCGAGGACGAGGUGGUUGCAGUUGGGAAACACGAUGUCCUCUCUUUCAAACCCGGCAGGUAGAUAUUUCCGUUCGAUCUAUGUACAGUGAACAUGAUAAUGAAGUUAUAAACCGAGAUGAUGCUACAAUUAUGAAAAGAACAGCGCGCGUCUGGAAACAUAAAAGGAUGUUGCAAUGACUUUUUGCCUUAGGAACCUAGUGACCUCUCUGAGAAUAGGAAAGUUAGCAUAAAUCAUCUCCCAGGCAAGCCAAAGUGUCGUCACCCGACAACAUGGCCAAAUUCCCAAAGACAACGAUUUC